CUUUCUCAGUUUCAAUUAUUCGUUGGUAUGAAAAGGCAUUGGGAACCUCUGAUAAUGCUUCCUUCUCCUCUAAUACACAUUUCGAAAUUAUGUUCGUAGUUUAUAAAAUUGUCAAAUUCCGAUCGAAGAGAUAUACUGCUGAGCAGUAUUUACAGGAAUGGCGUGGCACGGCAUUUCCUCAUUAUUUCUACACAUUUCUUCACCAAUACAUCGGUUCUGUGACUGAUCCGCUCAUCCAAUCCCGCCCUAGACGUCUCUCCAGCAGCGCGUCAAAACCUGAUAAUCCACAGGAUCCCAAUGCAACACCUAAUGCUAUAGUAAACACAGAUGCUGAUGAUAGAAUUGAAAGAAUUUAUCAUGAAUUUGAUAAAAUUGCGUUUUUUUUGGGAUUUUAUGGUGACAAUACCACCGUAGAAACUGAUGUUGUUGUUAAUCACGGUCCCGGAGAUAAAAUCGGCGAGAGUUCUCGUGUUGCAGAAGUUCUACCAUCAAAUUCAGCGUCAGCGUUAACAGUUAAUCUCCACAUACCAAAUUAUGACCCCGCGUCUUUCGGCGGUGUUACUAAGAGAAAGAAAAAUUCCGAUGACGGGGCACUAAUAUUCCUCUCUUUAAUAUGUGCAAUUAUUCGUAACACUGCAUAUCCUUCGUCAAAACUUCAUGCCCUUGACAUGUUACUUGCGAUCGGUCAGCAUUUGGAUGAUGAAUGCAAGUUAGAUCGACUGGUUCCAUAUUUAGUGGCGCUUCUGGAUGAUGAUGUCGGUUUGGUCAGAGCCAACGCAGUUAAGACACUGGCUAAUUUGCUUUCUAUGGUAGAAAAUAUAACUCCAUCCAACGCCACCAUCUUUCCCGAGUAUAUAAUGCCAAAAUUGCGCAAAUUUACUUCCGAUCCAGAGAUCCUUGUACGAAUGACUUAUGCACAAUGUAUUUCUACCUUAGCAGAGACAGCCUUGAAAUUUCUUGAACUGACACAGCUUUUCAAAACAGAAGUUCUAAACUCAGCUGAGAACGAAGGGUCAUAUGAGACAUCUUAUGACUCGACCUUACAUGAACUUCAGUCUAUAAUACAAGAGCAAGUGAUAGCUCUUUUAAUUGAUCCCGAAGGAGCAGUUAAACGCGCUUUACUCUCAAACAUCACCAGUCUCUGUAUUUUCUUUGGUCGACAAAAAGCUAAUGACAUAUUGUUAAGUCAUAUGAUAACGUACUUGAAUGGUAGAGAUUGGAUGCUAAGAAGUGCCUUUUUCGAAAGUAUAAUUGGUGUUGGUACCUUUGUCGGAGGUCGGAGUUUAGAAGAAUAUAUAUUACCUUUAAUGAUUCAGUCGCUUUCUGAUUCGGAAGAAUUUGUUGUAGAAAGAGUUCUCAAUUCUUUGACGAGUCUUGCUGAACUAGGAUUAUUCCAAAAAAUGAAAUUAUGGGAGUUGGUCGCCAUCGUUGCGCCAUUGAUGUGCCAUCCCGGAGUGUGGAUUCGUUACGGUGCGAUUGCUUUUAUUUCAUCCACUGCAAAACUUUUGCCCGUAACAGAUGUGUGGUGUAUAGUAUAUCCAAUAAUAAGACCAUUUUUACAAGCCGAUAUCGCAGAAAUUACUGAAUAUCACCUUUUAGAGAACGUCAAAGAACCUAUCUCGAGACUUGUAUUCGAUGCAGUUGUAAAUUGGGCUUCGAAAUCAAACAAAACAUCAUUUUGGAAGUCAGCGAAAGAACGAAGAGCUAGUAAGACUGCAUCAAUGUCGAUAUACGGAAGUACUAGUGUUAUAAAUUUACUGUCGCGAAAAACUUCGUCACUUACCGUAAAUGUUGAGAGAAUUGUUAAGUCAGACGAGGAUGAGCUAUACUUAGACAGAAUAAGGAAUAUGGGAAUGACGAGGGAAGAUGAAGAGAAAAUUGCAUCAAUGAGAGACUACAUUUACAAUUUAUCUAUUUCGAAACUUGCUCGUCCCAGGUUCGAUGAUAGGGUUGAGGAUGGAACUGCACCGUUAAAAAGUCCAACGAUAACUCCUCACACUGUAUUCGUUAUGCCGACCAAUGCCGAUGGAAACACAAUCGGAGUUAAUGCCCCUCUACCGGAAAAGACAAAUAUUGUUGGAACACCUAGCAUAUAUCGUAUUUCGAGUGCAAAAAGUAGUAAGGCCUCAUUAGUUGAAUCAUCAGUUCCUCUUCGAGUCUCGAGCGAGAGUAAUCUUCAAAGUCUUCGAUCGGAAGAUCAUGCUCGCUUAAUAUCCACUAGUUUAAGAGAGGCAAGAAUUAACGCUGGCGCAAAGAAUUUAGGCAAAAUUUCGGAAACGACAAAUGGUGUUAGCUCACCAACACUUCAUAGAAAACAUUUUCCCGUUCCAAUAAUGAUUAAUCCUUCUAGCAAUAGUCCUCAGAAUUCCGUAACUUCAGCGGUGGCCACACCUUUUCGUGAAAGGCAUAUGUCGCUAGUCGGAAGAUCAGUGGAAAGCCCUAAAGCUGCUCCCGCCAUUAGUACUAGUACCACAACUGUUGUGGGCACUAUGGAAAUACCUACUCCAGUUGUCCGCACGGUGGGAAGGGUUGGAAAUGGUAGCGCGCUCCAUAACGGUAUUCCUCAAACUCCCGAAACUCCAAAAAGAAAUAACGCGUUUUUUUCUAAUACAUACGAGGGAAAUGAUCGUAAUGUUAAGAAUUUGUUGGAUAAUAUGUAUCUCAAAUCUUACCCGGAGCCAAUGCCAGAAUUUGGACAAAAGGUUGUAAAAGCAAUAGUACCUCGCCCCGGACGUAUUGCGAAAGGAGCAAGUGCCGUCAAAUCAAUUUCUAAUUGGAGGCCUGAAGGCACUUUGGUUGCUCAUAUGACCGAGCACAAAGCCGCCGUUAACCAGAUAUGUGUUUCACCGGAUCACAAUUUUUUUGCUACUUGUUCGGAUGACGGAACAGUCAAAAUAUGGGAUUGUUCUCGGUUCGUCAAAAACUUUAAUAGUCGUUCGAGAGUGACAUACGCCCAACAAGGUGGCAAGAUCAAGUGCAUGACUUUUAUUGAUGGUACACAUAGUAUCGCUGCUGCAUCCGAUAAUGGAAGCAUCCACGUGUUUAGAAUAGAUUAUUUGCCUGGUGCUAAUUCUCCAAAGUAUGGUACGGAAUCUAUCUUGCUUUAUACAACGUCCAAGGGAAACAUAUGUGGAUUGGAUUUGCGAUCAAUGGAAGUGCUAUGGACUUUUGAAAAUCCGAGGAGUCAUGGUGUCAUCACCGCGAUGGUGACUGACAAAAAGUACAGAUGGCUUCUGAUUGGCACGUCACGAGGAAUUUUCACUCUUUGGGACUUGAGAUUUGGGAUCCAAAUAAGAUCGUGGGUACAUCCCACAAAAAGUCGAAUUAGCAAACUCUUAUUACAUCCACAAGCUGGAUCUAGUCGACAAAGAUGGUGGGUGAUUAUUGCAGCGGGAAAAAAUGAAGUCUCAAUUUGGGACAUAGAAAAGGUUGAAUGUAAGGAAGUAUAUACAAUUCGGAAUGGAGACGAGAAAAUUGGUGGAACUUCUUUGGAUAUGUUCAAGGCGGUUGACCCACCGGGUCCGAGUGAUAUUUUGAGAAGCGCUUUUACUGCUCAUGAAAGUAGUUUUUCAUCGGACAAUUCAAUCCGUACGGCCAUUUUCCAACCCGGAUGUAACUACAUGAUUACCGCCGGCUCUGAUCGCAAAAUCAGGUUUUGGGAUAUCAAUCGCAUUGAAGAUUCAUAU